CUAUGGAUUCAGGAGCUCUUGUUAAACAGCUGCAGGCAGCACUGUUCCCUAUCUGUUCGAAGGGAAGUUACCUCAGCAGCUUUCUACAGAACACUCUGAAAUCAAAUCAAGUGGAGAUCAACACUGAUAAUAGGACUCUGCGACCAGUUGCGAAGUUGAAGGAACCACGUGAUCUGUUUGCCUUGCCUAAAGAAUUAGACUGUCCACAGCAAGCUGCUCGCUGGCCAACUGAAUGUCAGGUAUUAGAGGAAAGAGUACAGCAUAUUGAAUACAUACCUGCAAUGCCGGAACAAUAUUAUCAGCCUACAGGAAGGGAAGUACAACCAAAACCUAUUGGAGAAGAGUCUGGCACAGUUGUCUUUCAAUACUACCCCAUGAGUGCUGUCAAUUAUUUUAGCCGCUCUAGUGUUGGAGGUAGCAAAUACUUUAUGGAUGCAAGUCCUGUUGAGAAUCCAGAUGAACUACGAUUUGAGUCUCGUUUCGAAUCAGGUAAUUUAGCAAAAGUGGUGAAGAUUACAGACACUUACUAUGAGCUCUAUCUUCGUACUGACCUGUAUACCAAUAGACACAUGCAAUGGUUCUACUUCAGAAUAGAGAAUACACGAUCCUGCAUAAUGUACAGGUUCUCAAUAGUAAAUCUUUCAAAAGCAGAUAGUCUUUAUAGUGCAGGCAUGAAACCUCUCAUGUAUUCUACAAAAGAUGCUCAAUUAAACGGCAUUGGUUGGAGACGAUUUGGUGACAACAUCACUUAUUUCAGGAAUGAUCCAGUAAAUGGGGAAGAAGAUCAGGCUCCUACAUACACACUUACAUUCACAACAGAAUUUCCUUAUGACAAUGACCUAGUUUAUAUGGCACACUGCUACCCAUAUACAUACUCCGAUCUGCAGGACUAUUUAAUCAGACUCCAGAAUCAUCCAAUAAAGUCAACAUACAGCAAACUUAGGUUAUUGUGCCGAUCCCUGGCUGGAAAUAAUGUUUAUUACUUAACCAUUACAGCACCAUCUUAUGGAGAAGAAUCAAAGAAGAAGAAAGCAAUUGUAGUAACUGCACGUGUUCAUCCUGGUGAGACUCCUUCAUCGUGGAUGAUGAAAGGAUUCAUGGACUUUUUGACAGGCGAUAGUGGACAAGCAAAGGAGCUCAGGGAAAAAUUUAUUUUUAAACUGGUGCCGAUGUUGAAUCCUGAUGGAGUGAUUGUUGGGAACAAUAGGUGUUCACUUACUGGGCGUGACUUAAAUCGUCAAUACAGGACUGUGAUUAGAGAAACAUACCCACCAGUAUGGCACACAAAAUUAAUGAUAAGACGACUGAUUGAGGAAUGUGGAAUUGAAAUGUACUGUGAUCUUCAUGCACACUCACGAAAGCACAAUGUAUUUAUGUAUGGAUGUGAAAGCAGACGCAUUGGGGACAGAAGGCUGCAAGAACAAGUGUUCCCUCUGAUGUUGCAUAAGAAUGCUGCUGAUAAGUUCUCAUUUGAGAACUGCAAGUUUCGUAUUCAAAGGUCAAAGGAAGGAACAGGUCGUGUAGUUGUGUGGAUGAUGGGAGUUACUAAUAGCUAUACAAUGGAGGCAUCAUUUGGUGGUUCAACUCUUGGAAGCCGUACUGAUACUCACUUCCACAGUCAAGAUUAUGAACAGAUGGGUCGUUACUUUUGUGAGACAUUGUUGGAUUUUUGUGACCAGGAACCAAGCAAGAUUGUUAAUGCUGCGAAAAAGGAACGUCUCAGGGUUAAAAUUGUAACACGCCUUAUGAAGGAAGGUUCCAGUGCCGAUGAGCCAACUAACAUCACACUCUCAGAUUACUCAAGUGAUGAGGGCGGUACAAGCAGUUGUUCUGAGGAUGAAAUGAUGCAUUACAAACAAGAAUUCACAGAUGAGUGUUAUCAGUCAUUGUCAGUACCACCUCCAUCUCCUGUCCUUCCUCACCGAGAGCAUCACAAAACAGCAAACAAAGAAAGAUCAGUUCCUGAGAAAACAACUCCUUCACCUCAAAGAAAAGUACUUCAGGUUCAUAAGACUGUUAUUGAUCUAUCAGCAGGUGAUACUGGAAGUGACUACUGUGAGCCUCCAACUGACAUGGAUUCUGGUGAGGAAAGCUCACCAUGUCACCGAUCUAGCAACAAAAACAAAAGCUCUUCAGAUAUUAAGUUUGUCAAAUAUGGGGAAAGACUUGAUAUGCCUCCAGAACUAAUUGUAACUCCUGCACAGUUUCAGAUAAGUGAGACACCUAUGGCCAUGGACAUCACAGAGAGAUUAACUGUAACUGAAGAACAGCAAUUUGUGGAAAAAAGAAUCCAUACCUACAACUGGUACCAUGCUCGUUGCCCACCACUUUCUAGGGCAACUGCUGCUCCAGGCUAUUGGCAAAAUACAGUAGGUGACCUUGCCAGUGAGGUGCAAGUGAAACUUGGUACAACACUGCGCCAGAAGCUCUGGACAGCUCUACCGUGCAGUUGUCACGGGACUCUCGAUACUCAUUGGAGUGGUCAUCUCUCAGCUCAUGACAUGCUGCUUCGUUCCUGUUCAAAGAAGUUGGUUGCAUUACAAAGAACUGGUGGAAUAUCAUUUGAUACAUCUAGGAAUGUCACUUCUGCUUCCCAUCAACAACGUAAUGUGCAGUCAACAGAUGCAGACAACAGGGGUCACACAAGUCUCAAGUGGAAAAGAUACCGUAAACUUACAGAAAUUCCAACUUCAGAUAUCACUAUACAGCUCACACAACAAGCUUUGCAAUCUGGCUCUGAUACAGAACCUGGACCUUCACACCAAGCUGAUACUGCCAAAAAGAAAAAAAAGAAACGUAAAACUACACAUUCCAGGAAAGGGAGACGUCUACAGUCAGCCAGUGGUCAUUGCUCACCAAAGAAAAUCACAAAAUCUUGAUAAAAAACUGAACAUCUUGAAGCAUUUAGCAGCAUAAAUUACUUGAAUGUAAUAGUGCCAAACUGACUGAACUGUUAUGCACAUAUCAUAUAUUUAUGUUUCUAAGUAUAUCAUACCUUGGUAUUCCCUACCUCCAAGUGUGGAAAUGGAAGAACAGUAACUGAUUUAUUUACUUAGCAUAUGAAGAGUCCAGGGGAAAAUCCUGAUAGGUCACAAUUCUUAUUUUUUUCAGGAGACGGAAUUUAAAGUUUCAAGACUCAUAAAAUUUUAAUUUCUCAAGUUAUAUUCUUCAUUUUUGUUUUAGACCUCAAUAUAUCUUUCAGAGAAAGAGCAGUUCUGAAAUUAUACACAUCUGAAUAGGAUUUACAAUAAUAUGAUGCAUUUUUAUUAUGAAGGCAGGCCAUACAGAGGAAAAUUAUGCCAAGUUCAUAACAUAUUGCAGGUAACUACAAGAUUUCAAAUUCAUGUUACAACAAAUUAUCUCAUAUAAUCAUUUAA